AUUUUAAACUACUUUAAAAAAACUACUCUUAAAAUUAUCAGCAUUUAGCUUGUUUUUUCAAACUUUAUCCAAGUAAAGUCUCACUAGGAACGAGCUAAGAGCAAUGAAGCUGGAAAUUAUUAUUUUUAUUCUGGCUUUUCUAAACAAAGGUAAUUUCUUAGUGAUUAGUCCAGAAAAACUUUAUAUUAAACCUGGAGGUAGUGGUGUAAUAACAUUGGACACAACGGUUUCUUGCCAAUUAAUUGUCGACAUAAGUUUUAAAACAUAUGAUAAAGUGGUACCUCAAACAAGGGUGUUUGGUCUUAAACGGCAAUAUAGAUUUAAAGUUAAGACUGAUGCUCUUGCCGGAUAUUCUACAGUCUGCUCUCUUCGCUGCGGAGAGGAAGAAGGUUCAUUUGAGUUGAAUAUUGUUGAAGCUUUUACAGCUGUUGGUGACCCACAUUUCAUGCAACUUGUUAAGGAUAUGAGAACGGGAAAUAGCGAAUACAUUUGCUACGAUAUAUCUGGAAGAGCUGGAUCAUAUAUCUAUAUAGCGAAAUAUUCAGAUCCUGAUAUAAAAGUAUACGGAAGAUUACUUAACGAUUUUUAUAUGCACGAAAUAUUAGUUUUCAUUGAAAGCCACAUUAUAAUUGUGAAUUAUAGCAAAUUUUCUUUUAAUCGUAAACGUUAUCUUUGGCCCUUAGCUUUGAAAAAAGUGAAAGUACCAAAAAUUGCACUUCGUACCAACGGCAACAAAUUGACAAUAGCCUACCUAUCGAAGAAACCAAUUAUUAUAUCAAUAUUCAGAAAUAUUCGAUUAGACGUUCGGCUGAGGCAUUUAGAUGUGACUUUAAAUUCUAUGGAAAGAUUGAGUGGCGGACUUUUAAGAGAUUCUCAAAUAAAAAAAUAUGAAUUCUAUCCUCCUGUUCAAGAAGAUUCAACCACCGGUACAAUAAUGAUAGAUAACCGGUUUUAUCGAGCUGAUAGAACUAUUCGUAAUAAUCAAACUUGUUGGCUAUUAAAUGCUUCGGACGUAGUGAAUGUCAAGCAAUUUAUGUUAUAUAAGCUCUGAUUUAAAUAUUAAAAAAAACCAACUCAAAAUUCUUUUUCAAUUUUUUUUUUUAAUUUAGCUUUCUCUCAAACAUCGUCCAUGCGCGUAAUUUUUCCUAAAAGAGAAUUAUAAUGUGCAUGUAAAUUCUCAUAAAGAUUUAUUUACGUAUUACACCGUUAUUUAAAAAAAAAAGUUAUUCACG